UGCUACAUGAACUCCACCCUGCAAGGCCUCCUGACGCUGAGACCUUUUGUUCACGACAUCAUCAAGCAGAAGAAGGUGUGGAUGUCUCACCCCGGAUCUAAAGUCCUCAGGAUGCCCAUGAGUUCCUCAGCUCCUUGUUGAAUCAGAUGAAGUCUCUGAACUUUGACCUGCAGGAAUCAGCAGUUAACAUGGGCUUCAAAUACACCUGCCCUGUUGAUGCUCACAUCACCUUCCAGAUGUUGAGCACCAGGACCUGCAAAGGAUGCGGUAAACAAUCCAUGAGGGAGGAGGACUACAUCAACCCGUCCCUAGACCUGGUGCAUGGCGGCUCAGUAAACCAGUGUCUAAAGGACUACCUUAAAUUGGACCAGUUGGAGUAUCGGUGUGAGUGUGGUGCAGAGCAGUCAACGCAGCGGCCAUCCUUCUUGACCCUGCCAAAUGUACUGAUCCUGCAGCUGAAGAGAUUCAGCUUCACCAAAACCUACGACCUGGUGAAGGUGCAGAGCCCUGUUGUUUUAUCAAGAGAGCUGCUGGUGAAUCCAGAAUCUAGCGUUGCCGAACAGACAACAACUCGCUACUCUCUGGUGAGCAUCGUCAGCCAUUUAGGAUCCACAGCCAACUCUGGACAUUAUAUUUGUGACGGAGCCUACAGACCGGGAGAUAAUAAAGACCGAUGGCUAACUUACAACGACAAACACGUCAGUGAGACGACCGGCGCGUCUGUCUGCCACAAUCGCCAACAAACAGCCUACCUCCUGUUCUACGUGAAGCAGAGAAACUGUCAAGAUGACGUGGAAGUUAGAGACGAGCCAUGCUUCGGCCCACAAAAGAGUGUCAUUAUUGAAAAGGAGCCAAAACAACCCACUGUGGUCCCCGACACCAAAAAGUCCUGGUGGCGUAGGUUGUUCUGUCGUAAGAAGCAGCAGAGUCCUGUGGAAGAUGUGAAAGACGACGCACAGACUACAUCUACUGCCACAGAAAUAAGCAGUAUCAACACCAGCGAGGAGUCUCAGCAUGAAGAUGGUGUCCAGGAGGUUUCAUCCGCCCCUGAAACUUUAGCCUCAGCUGCAACUGAGGAUGAAGAAGAAGACAUGGAGUUGUUGUCUUCUUCUAUGUGUUUUUUUUCUUUAAUCAGCAGCAUCAACGCUGACGAGGAGUCCGAGGAAGGAGCUGGUGUUCAGGAGGCUGAAGAUGAAGAAGCAGCUAGUGCUAACCCCAGCAUCCAGUUUGAAGAUGGUGAAGCUGUGGAGAAGGCUUCAUCCACCGCUGUGAUUCUGGUCUCAACUGAGGAUGAAGACGUACCAGAAGACACAGAGUUGUUGUCUUCUGCCCCAGAAGAUAAGUAUAUGUCCUUUUGUUUUAUUAGCAGCAUCAACAAGGAGUCCGAGGAAGAAGCUGGUGUUCAGGAGGCUUCACCCACCGCUGAAGAUGAAGAAGCAACCAGUGCUAACACCACCAUUGAGCCUGAUCACGAUGAGCCUGUCGAGAAGGCUUCCAGUUGGCUUCACUGGCUGGUGCCUCGCCGUAAGAAACAGAAGGUGGAGACCGAACCUCCAUCUGAGACAGCAGAGAUGGACACAGAUUGCACUGAGGCCCAGCCAUUUGCCAUUCACAGCAAAAAACCCAACCCAAUAGGUCAGGGUGGGAGUAUAGAUGUUGAAACUCUCAACGCCGAUAUAUAUAGAAAAGUGUUCCUUCGGCAAAAUAAUUUGUUGCAGGAAAAAACCUCAGCCAGCACAGAAGUCAUUCCCAGAGAGGAGCUGGUCUGCCUCGGGUUCCCCAACCUGGCGCAGACCUGCUACAUGAACUCCACCCUGCAAGGCCUCCUGACGCUGAGACCUUUUGUUCACGACAUCAUCAAGCAGAAGAAGGUGUGGAUGUCUCACCCCGGAUCUAAAGUCCUCAGACGGUUUGUAGAUGUGGGACACAGCCACUUUAACAGCAACAAGAGAGAGGCAAAAAGUGUCCUGGCUGCUUUUAAAGAUGCUGUCGCUGAGUUUAACUCAGAGUUUAAGGACCAUCAGCAGAAAGAUGCCCAUGAGUUCCUCAGCUCCUUGUUGAAUCAGAUGAAGUCUCUGAACUUUGACCUGCAGGAAUCAGCAGUUAACAUGGGCUUCAAAUACACCUGCCCUGUUGAUGCUCACAUCACCUUCCAGAUGUUGAGCACCAGGACCUGCAAAGGAUGCGGUAAACAAUCCAUGAGGGAGGAGGACUACAUCAACCUGUCCCUAGACCUGGUGCAUGGCGGCUCAGUAAACCAGUGUCUAAAGGACUACCUUAAAUUGGACCAGUUGGAGUAUCGGUGUGAGUGUGGUGCAGAGCAGUCAACGCAGCGGCCAUCCUUCUUGACCCUGCCAAAUGUACUGAUCCUGCAGCUGAAGAGAUUCAGCUUCACCAAAACCUACGACCUGGUGAAGGUGCAGAGCCCGGUUGUUUUAUCAAGAGAGCUGCUGGUGAAUCCAGAAUCUAGCGUUGCCGAACAGACAACAACUCGCUACUCUCUGGUGAGCAUCGUCAGCCAUUUAGGAUCCACAGCCAACUCUGGACAUUAUAUUUGUGACGGAGCCUACAGACCGGGAGAUAAUAAAGACCGAUGGCUAACUUACAACGACAAACACGUCACCGAGACGACCGGCGCGUCUGUCUGCCACAAUCGCCAACAAACAGCCUACCUCCUGUUCUACGUGAAGCAGCAGUAGAAAAGAAUCAUCGUUGGAGGACCAAAAUUUCUUUCCAAAAUUUCUUUUUUUCUUUCUUCUGUUUCUUUCUUUCUUUCUUUCUUUCUUUCUUUCUUUCUUUCUUUCUUUGAGGUUUCUCCUCGUUUUUAUCACCUGUCAAAGGGUUUUUUGAGGAGUUUUUCCUGGUCCACGGGUUAAAGGACAGAAGGUGUUGUACUCUGCACAGUCUGGAAAAAAAACUUUCUUUCUUUCUUUCUUUCUUUCUUUCUUUCUGUCUUUCUUUCUUUCUUCUGUUUCUUUUUUUCUUUCUUCUGUUUCUUUCUUUCUUUCUUUGAGGUUUCUCCUCGUUUUUAUCACCCGUUAAAGGGUUUUUUGAGGAGUUUGUCCUGGUCCACUGUGACGGUCAAAGGACAGAAGGUGUUGUACUCUGCACAGUCUGGAAAAAAAGUUUCUUUCUUUCUUUCUUUCUUUCUUUUCGUCUCUUUCUUUCUUUCUUUCAUUCUUUCUUCUCUUUUUUUUUCUUUCUUUCUUUGAGGUUUCUCCUCUUUUUUACCACCCGUUAAAGGGUUUUUGAGGAGUUUUUCCUGGUCCACUGUGACGGUCAAAGGACAGAAGGUGUUGUACUCUACACAGUCUGGAAAAAAAACUUUCUUUCUUUCUUUCUUUCUUUUUUCUUUUCGUCUCUUUCUUUCUUUCAUUCUUUCUUCUCUUUCUUUCUUUCUUUGAGGUUUCUCCUCUUUUUUAUCACCCGUUAAAGGGUUUUUUGAGGAGUUUUUCCUGGUCCACUGUGACGGUCAAAGGACAGAAGGUGUUGUACUCUGCACAGUCUGGAAAAAAAGUUUCUUUCUUUCUUUCUUUCUUUCUUUCUUUCUUUCUUUCUUUCUUUCUUUUCGUCUCUUUCUUUCUUUCAUUCUUUCUUCUCUUUCUUUCUUUCUUUGAGGUUUCUCCUCUUUUUUACCACCCGUUAAAGGGUUUUUGAGGAGUUUUUCCUGGUCCACUGUGACGGUCAAAGGACAGAAGGUGUUGUACUCUACACAGUCGGGAAAAAAAACUUUCUUUCUUUUUU